AUGAUAAACCUCGAAGAAGGCAUCAUGCUCGCCAAACUCUUCAAAGCAGAAGAAAUGGUGUACCUCGCCUCCGUCAUGUUCCCCAAGCUCGCCGUCCUCUCCCUCUACAUCCGCCUCUUCGUAAACCCCGUGCGUCGCCUAUCCUACUUCGCAGGCGCCUUCGUCAUAGCAACCUUCUUCGCCGGCACCCUCUCCUUUGCCUUUGCCUGCCGCCCCUUCGCCUUCAACUGGAACAAGACCAUCCCCGGCGGCUACUGCAUCAACACAAACAUCUCCUACACCUACUUCAGCAUCCCCAACCUCGUUUCCGACGCCGCCAUCAUCCUGCUCCCCAUGUGGCCCCUCUGGAAGUUGAACGUGCCGAAAAGUACGAAGAUAGGCCUGCUGGCUACCUUUGUGCUCGGCGGUGUGUACGUCUCCCCCACCCUCUAA